AUGGCUACCUCCAACAUUAAUCAAAAUUUAGAAUGCCCUCCAUUGAAUGUUAUUGACGCACAGUUUGAUCUGGAAAUUUUAUUAAGGCACCGUGAAUUACAGAAAGUAAAGGAAGAAUUGAAAAAAUCUGAAUUAUAUCUUAAUACUUUGAAACAUUGCAUCCUAGAACCUCCUUCAAAUUCACACCGAACUUCGACACUUAAUACCAACACUUGUAAUGAAAGUUUAGGAGUUACUUCGUUGACUCCGACGCGUCACUCAACGCGUAAAAUUUAUUCUACCAGAGAUAAUGAUUAUUUUUAUUAUGAUCCAUGUAAAGAUCUAUACUCACGUAGAAACGAUGGAACUUUCGAUGAAAGUCUAAUACCACCAGGGCAUCCAGCUAGAUCAAGAGUUAUCACUAGGCCACCAUCUCUUCGUACAAUAUUAAGUCAAUCGAAUCUAUCGGCAACUGAACUUAACGAUUCUAAUGAAGUCUCAUUAGUUCGUAAAUCACCUAGUAAUAACGCAAUAAUGUCUUAUUCAGACAAUUCUCCAUUUUUAUCAUGUACUAUGCCUGAUAAUAUACCUGAUAAUAUUACGAAAAUAUCGGAAAAUCGAGCAAUGUUGGGUUCUCCUGAUGGAACGGACUCGGUUUAUUCGUCAGAUGUUGAUGAGGGUGAUACAGGUACAACUACGACUGACAUAGAUUCUUCACCCACAUCUUGUCCGAAUACAAUGAUACUUGACAAUAACCAAUCAGUGAUUAGGUCACCGGAAGAAUUAGAAAAAAAUGAUCAGCUUUCCAAAGAAUCUAUAACGAAUUUGUCAGAGAUACAUCAAGAAGACAAUGUUGAAACUACAAAAAUAAAAACGAAUGUUUCAACUAUGAAUUUAAGCAACGGAAAUGGUGUAGAUUCAGAGCCAAAUGAUGAAAUGAUCACUUCUAGUGUUUCAAUGCCAACAAGUACUCCUAACACAGAUUCAAUGUCAACAAGUACUCCUAACACAGUUGUGCGAGAGCGUAUUGUUAUUGGAAAUGUUUCAAAAUGGAUUGCACCAGAAAAAAGGGAUUUAAGUCUUAGAAAGUAUACACAUAAAUGGAUGGUUUAUGUUACUGGGCCACCUCAUGAUUUGAAUGUUACACCAUUUAUACGAAUGGUUCGCUUUUUCCUUCAUCCAAGUUAUCGACCAUUAGAUGUAGUUGAUGUAACAGAACCACCCUUUCAGCUAACCAGAUUUGGAUGGGGAGAAUUUCCGAUAAGACUUGACAAUACACAUAAUGGAAAGCAACAACUCGGUAAUGAGCGUGCGUUUGAUCUUGAAUUGGACAGAAAUACACAAUUUAUUGAGCCAAAACCAGAAGGACCUAUUAAUCAUACAAUAAAUAUAGUUCAAGAAAUUUCUCAACAAGAUAUAUCAGACAUAAAUAACGUUUCAAUCGAAACUGAAACGGAAGCUACUAAAGAAUUAUUACAGAAAAGGAAAAGCAAUGAUAGGAUUGACCCAGAAACAAUGAGUUCUUUAGAUCCACUAUUAAAUGAGGCAGUUAAAAAUUAUCCAUUGAUUACACCAUUGUCAAUACGAUCAUCUACACUACCUUACGCAACAGCAAAAUCGUCACGUGCAUUUCUUAAUUGGAAUGUUGAACGACGUAAAGGCACGGUUAAUACGGUUAUUAGUUUUAUCAUUAUCACGGACAAAACCUGGCACGAAAUUAAUACAAGUACAUCUAAAAGUGGGAUUGUUCCAACCCCAGCCUAUAAAUGCAAACGAAGGCCACAUUUUUUGGAAACUAAAAAAACCAAAUUAUGUAGUCUUACAUUGGUACAAGAUUUUCUAGAUGAAAAUUAUCAAGAUAAAAAUGGGAAAGGGAAUGAAAUUAAUGAUGAAAACAAUUUAAACAAUAAUGGAAUAACAAUAUCAAAUAAAACAUUAACAGUUGAGGCGGGCAUUGAUUGGAUAUGGGAAGUAGUAGAUCAACUAAAAUUAGAUGGAAUAGUUGCUACCAAAUUAAUUAAGAUUGAUGGGAAAAUCGAUGUGGAGAAUGGUGACAUGAAUGUCGCUAUACAGCAACGUUUAGAAACGGGAAAUUUGAUAUUCCUGUUAGAUGAUCCAUUCACACCUGAAAUCAAUUGGUUUAGUAGUUCGGCGCUUGAUAGUCGUUACAAUUCAUAUCGACAGCGAAUAAAAAAAAUACUUGUUCCCUAUCAUUUACAUCAAGCAAUACAAGCCAAUUUGAAUACAUUUGAUUUUUUGAAUGGCGAAGGUCUGGCGUCCGACAAAAAAAGGAUACAAGAAUAA